CAUUUUACUUUGUGUCUUUUUACAGGAUUCUUGUUUGACAAAACUUCAUACUUUGAGAAUACUCAGUAUCAAAAGAUUGUUGCUGGUUUCAGCCAAAAAUGUCUGGAGAAGAGAUGAUUGUAGUUGUAACCGGAGGUUCUGGUUUAGUUGGUCAGGCUAUUAAGAAAGUUGUCGAGGAGGAAAAUCGCCCAAACGAAAAAUGGAUAUUUCUUAGCUCCAAGGAUGGAGAUUUAAAAAAUAGAGAGGAGGCUCAGGCUGCCCUUGCAAAGCAUAAGCCAACCCAUGUUAUUCACUUAGCUGCCAUGGUUGGAGGCCUCUUUAGAAAUCUGAAAUACAACAGUGACUUUUAUCGUUUUAACAUGCUCAUCAAUGAUAAUGUUUUAGAGACAUGCAAGAACUUGCAUGUGAAGAAGGUGGUUUCCUGCCUCUCAACAUGUAUAUUUCCAGACAAGACAACAUAUCCAAUAGAUGAAACAAUGAUUCAUAAUGGACCACCUCAUGAGUCAAACUUUGGUUAUAGCCAUGCUAAGCGGAUGCUUGAUGUCAUGAAUCAAGCAUAUCAUCAGCAGUAUGGCUGCCAUUUCACGUCUGUCAUCCCUACAAACAUAUAUGGUCCACAUGAUAACUUUAACUUGGAAGAUGGUCAUGUUUUACCUGGAUUGAUUCAUAAGGUUUACAUAGCCAAACAAAAUAACACCCCCUUUGUAGUUUGGGGUUCGGGCAAACCUCUGAGGCAGUUCAUCUAUUCUAUUGAUCUGGCGAGGCUGAUGCUAUGGGUACUUCGUGAAUACAGUGAAAUUGAUCCAAUUAUUUUUUGGUGAGGAAGACGAGGUUUCUAUAAAGGAGGCAGCUGAAAUGGUAGUUGAGGCAUACGACUUUAAAGGAGAAGUUAUAUUUGAUACUUCAAGAGCUGAUGGGCAGUUCAAGAAGACAGCUAGUAAUGCUAAAUUACGAAAGUAUUUGCCCGAUUUUCAGUUUACUGAUAUUCGUAAAGGCAUUAAAGAAUCUGUUGAUUGGUUUGUAGCAAACUAUGACACAGCAAGGAAAUAAAUUAAGGCAUUUCUUGAGUGAGUGUUUUGGUUUCUGAAGUACUUGUGUUCUUUACUUUUUUCCAAUAGCAGAUAUAAAAACUAAAGUAUUGAGAGUGGUUGAUGUAUUGUCACUGAUUUAAGACUAAGUGAAACAGGGGUAAAUUGUUUUUUUAUGAAAAUACGUUUUUUUUUUUUUUUUUUUUUUUUUAGUUUUCAUGUUAUUACUUUAGAAGAGAUGUUUCAGUGUAUCUUACACCUUUAGCAAUUUUAUAUAUUGUUGAAAAGCCUAGGAUACAGUGGAUGAGGGUGUGGUCUCAAAUAUUUAUUCUUUUUAAUUAUAUACAAGAUAUACUUUUGUAUUGCACUUCACUCGCUUGAAGUAGUCGACCCCUCAGUAUUUUGUGUACAGUUUCUCAUAAUAAUUGAUUAGUGUAUAUGAAGGUCUGUAUAGGAAAAUAAAUUUUAUACCAUAUAUUUGUAUAUAACAUGUUAACAGUUAUGUAAAUGAAAUCCUUGACAGUUACCAAGUCUAAUGUCUACUAGCUUUUUGAAGGUAUGGAUUUAAUGCAACAGUACCUGGGCGUAAUUUGCAGAUUUCACCUGCACUGUAUUCAUGCAGAUGUAUUUUUUUCACUUCCAAAAUUCUUAACUUGCUGCUACUAGUGUUAAAUAUUUGUACCUCUUUCUAUAUCUAAACAAAUUUGCUCAAGUCCAGAAAGCAGAAUUCAUCCUGGAAUGAAAAUUUGAAGUUUCUUGAGUAAAAACAACGUAGUUAAACCUUUUCAUUAUCCAGCAUGCUAUCUUGGGUUAUGUGCAAUUUGGAGGAUUAUGUAUACUGUACUUGCAUGGGAGAUUUGAAUCUGUACUUGUAUGGGAGAUUUUAAUAAAGUUAUUUUCCCUA